UCACCACUCUUGCAGGGGUCGAGUUCAGCACCUGGGAAAGCACUUGGUGGAAGACAUGGGGCAAGCAAGCACGAGCACGCAAGAUGGCGAGGAAAUGGACAUCAUAACUCUGCAGGCGAUGUACAGAAAAUUCGUAACGGAGUGUCCUAGCGGUGUUUUAUUUUUGCACGAGUUCAAAAAGUUUUUUCAAAUAGAUCCGACAGGGGAAGCCUCGGACUUUGCAGAAAACAUUUUUCGAGCGUUUGACAAGAAUGGGGAUGAGACCAUAGAUUUUUUGGAAUUUGUAGCAGCCUUGAAUAUCGCCUUCAGAGGAAGUUUAGAGCACAGAUUGAGGUGGUCAUUUAAAGUGUACGAUAAGGAUGGAAACGGAUACGUCGACAGACGUGAGCUCCAGGAAAUCGUUGAUUCGAUUUGCAGGAUACAGCAGAGCUGCAGAAGCAAUCCUGAUUGCCAAGCGCUCUCGGUCGAAGAGAUCUCCGAAAGAAUACUUAAAGUCGUAGACUCAGAUGGAGAUGGACAAAUUACUCUGGAAGAAUUCCUUGAAGGUGCACAGAGGGAUGAAUGGGUGAAGAACAUGCUGAAGCUGGACAUGAACCCUUACGCCUGGGUUUUGCAGCAAAGGCGAAAAAGUUCUAAUUUUUGAAGUAAACCUCCAAAUCGUGUCUCCCAAAUGAAGCACCCAACUCUGACACUAGGACGGAGAGAAGUGGUGCUUGUGGAGUUUCAAAAAAAAUUCAAACCACACUAAUGCCAGCUCUUGCUGGGAGGUUUGGUCAGCAGGGAUAUCACCCCAAAAUAGACCAGAGACAGAAACUUUAUUUGAAACUGGCUUUUGCCACUGGUUAAAAUUACUAACCAUAUUUUUGCCAACAAUCACCAAAAAAAAUGUAAUUUCACAUGGUGACUGGUUCCAAGUAGAAUUGGUGACCAUUGGCAGGCGAUUCAUUCGUGUCUCUUACGAUAGGCCUGCUGCUCUCUUAUUCACAUUGUACAAAAAAUCUGAACUGCGGUAACUGGAGAAAAUGAAUAGAGUCAUUACAAAGACAAUGCCUUCUGGCAUUGCCCAUAAAUUACACGAUUAAACCUGAGCUGGGAACCCCAUAUAGUGGCACUUAUUUUAGUUUCUUGUCCACGUCCUGAAUGCCCAAAUGAAACUGGGGCUUGCGCAACAUAUUUUAAUUUCGGGAUUUGGGUGAUUGAGAUAAGGAAAUAAAGUCCAAUUACAUAUAUAUGUAAUACUACCGACACCCUUACAGUUAAUGUCACCAUUGCCUUGCAGCACUGAAUAAUGGGGAUGUAUAAAGGAAAUGGCAAUGGAAGGGGCAAACGCCACCCAUUCUGAGGUUAAGUGAUUGCAUGGCUAAAGUGAGGAUGCUCCUACCUCAAGUGUUCUGUGCAGUGUCAAUAACAAGUUCCUUAAGUCAAGACUGGGCCUUGAUAAUCCGAUCCAUUCCAAGUAGUUUCCUUGUAGACCAGGUGUAGUCCUCUUCACCUGUGGAGGGUGCUGUAUUUCUACCUCAGUUGGUACUUAAACUUAAAGCUGAAUUCAACUGAAUGUAGUACAUACAGUAUAUAGGAAGUCCCGUACAUAUUACAAAUGUGUAAAUAGGCUGCUAAGGGAGUUGUAAAACCUGAAGACCAGAACUCCUCACCUCCACUAAAGACAGUUUUGUUAAUUCUGUGUAUUUAAUCUAUAUUUACCAACACAAAAAACAUUAUAAAAUAAUAAUAGAAAGAUAAAAUUAUUUGUAACACAUUUGUUGUAUUAGGCCUAUUUAUCCGAUCUCAAUGUUUAACUGUUAUGUCUUUUUUUACAUUGUACCGAGUUUAUCAUGUGUAUAUAUGUAAAUAAACAAUAUUAGUUCGAUAUAUCAGUUCCAGCUUUUAAUGUAGUAACACAUUGUUACCUGUACAGGUGACGACAGCAUUUUUUUAUGGUAUGUAUGUCCUGCAGAAUAUACAGAGCAGAAAAUGUGUUGUGUUCAGUUACUUGAGUAGAGCGGUGCAGAGAGCUUUUGAGGGGCGGGUACUCAAAGUGAGAAAAGGGCACACCAAACUAGAGAAACAGUUUAACGAUAACCCCACAGGUGCCUGUAUAUGAGUCGUGUAAACACUGCCUUUACUAAGGUAGAGAAAAUGCAUUGUCAGUCUGAAUGGAGCAUUUCAACUUGAACACUGUCCCUACAUUAGCAGACUCACGAAGAAAGUGUGAAUCAUAUACCGACUUAACGCUUUCAUUUGCAUUAUGGUAGCCGUGUACUGAGGUGUUGAAUAAAAGGAAGUGUUGAAUUAA